UAAAAAUGAGUAUUUAUUUCGACGGGUCAAAUGUUGGAGUACAAAUAGCUCCAAUUGAAUAUCAACCAACUUAUACAGUGUCAAAUAUGUAUGAUUACUUGGCGCAAUACUAAUUAGACAGAUAACAAUAUUGUUUAACUUUGGAUGGAUAAACAAUGUUAAACCAUUAAGAUGGUUCAUACAUUUCAUAAUAUUUUUAACCUAAUGCAGCUCUUUAUGUUCUUUAAGCAUAAUAGCCAGCAUUUACUGUGUUUUUUGAAGGAUAAUAAAUAAUGACAAAUCAACUACCAAAUAUGCCUAUAUUAGAUGUAUUUUACCUAUAAUAUUUAAUAGUUAUUAACAUAUCUAUAAUAAUAAGGAAUUAAUCUAGGAUAAAAUGUGUAAGUUGACUUUUAUGAUUAAAAUUCCGCUCCACUAUUUUCAAAUGCUGAUAUUAAUGAGGGUUUGUAUACUUAUACAAAUGGAAAUUAAAGUGUAAUCAUAAAUGUCACAUCUUUAUAAGACAGUCCUAAAAAAAUAGAAUCAAAUAAAAAAGUAGAUUCUAUAAAAUAAAAGUAAUUAAUUAUUAAUAAAUAUUAGUAUUGGAGCAAAUGAACUACUCUAAUCCUUGAUUUUACUCAAAAAUGUAAGUUUAUUGAUUGAUCCAAAUGGUUAAUUUGUUGUAUACAAAUUUCACUUCCCAACUCUGAUCCAAGGAUACUUACAAAAAAGUUAAGGAAAAGAUCCAGCUAAUUUUACACAUUUUAGCCCAGUCAAUUCUGAUUGGGUAGAAAAGAAUAACAUAAAAUAUUGCUCAUUUGAUGAUUAUGGAUUUGCUAUUUUAUGGGAAGAUGGAAAUAUUAGUUCUGUGAAAAUUAAGCAAUAGUGAAAAUCAUAUAAAUCAAAAUAAUUAUACAUUUUUUAUCAAUUUAU